CUGCUUCAACCUAACCCUACCUUUCUGCACUUAAUUUUUCUGAUACACAGCGAACAAAAUCAGACGCCAAAUCAGUCCAUUCCAGAUCUCCUCGUAAUUUGCAUUUACUCCACUCAGCUUAGCGUUCUUCAGUGGAUGGAGCCGCGUGUUGGGAGCAAGUUUCGACUCGGACGCAAAAUCGGCAGCGGAUCGUUUGGAGAGAUCUACCUUGGUACUAACAUCCAGACUAAUGAGGAACUGGCAAUUAAGCUUGAAAAUGUCAAGACUAAGCAUCCUCAGUUGCUGUAUGAGUCAAAGUUAUACAGAAUUCUACAAGGAGGAACUGGAAUACCGAAUGUGAGAUGGUUUGGUGUUGAAGGAGACUACAAUGUUCUGGUUAUGGAUUUACUUGGACCGAGCCUUGAAGAUCUUUUUAAUUUUUGUAGUAGGAAACUUUCUCUGAAGACAGUUCUGAUGCUUGCAGAUCAAAUGAUAAACCGUGUUGAAUUUGUACACACUAAAUCCUUUUUGCAUCGAGAUAUCAAACCUGACAAUUUUCUCAUGGGAUUGGGAAGACGUGCAAAUCAGGUAUAUAUAAUUGACUUUGGCCUGGCUAAGAAGUAUCGAGACUCCUCUACUCACCAGCACAUUCCUUACAGGGAGAACAAAAGUUUGACAGGAACUGCUAGAUAUGCUAGCAUGAACACUCACCUUGGUAUUGAACAGAGCAGGAGGGAUGAUUUGGAAUCUCUUGGUUAUGUCCUAAUGUACUUCCUAAGGGGAAGUCUUCCCUGGCAGGGACUCAAAGCAGGAACUAAGAAACAAAAAUAUGAGAAAAUCAGUGAAAAGAAGGUUUCAACGUCUAUUGAGGCCUUGUGUCGUAGCUAUCCUUCAGAAUUUGCUUCCUAUUUCCAUUACUGCCGUUCACUUCGCUUUGAUGAUAAACCAGAUUAUGCAUAUCUGAAGAGAAUUUUCCGUGACCUCUUUAUCCGUGAAGGAUUCCAGUUUGACUACAUCUUUGAUUGGACUAUAUUGAAGUAUCAGCAGCAAUCCCAGAUUUCAGCUCCUGCUUCCUCUCGAGCACUUGGUGCUGGGGCUGGAACCAGCUCUGGGAUGCCUCCGUUGGUCCCUAAUGCUGAACAGCAAUCUGGUGAAGAUGAUGCAAGACAAUUAGGCGAUUCUUCCCGAAGGCGAAUUCCUGGGCCACUAGUAAAUGCAACCAGUUUGUCUAAGCAGAAGAGUCCCAUUCGAAUAGAUUCUGCAAGCAGAGAUGCUAUGGUAUCUAGCUCCAGCUUUAUGGGACGAUCGAGUGGGUCAUUCAGGCGAGGUGCAGUUUCUAGUGGGCGUGAAACAUUAACCAUUGGGAAUGAAUCUGACCCCACACGGUCACGAACCCCGGAUGUAAGCCCAGGGACCCUGCAGAAAACAGGCGGUGGACAAAGAAGCUCCUCGGACCACCCCUUCAAACACACUGCUACUUCUGGGAGUAAGAACUAUGAGUCCACUGUCAAAGGUGUAGAAACCCUUCGGUUGGAUGAUGAAUAGAAAGCGUCCGGCUUACUGGCUAACUCUCCAGUGUUGUAAAUUUUUUGACUCUCAUCUGUGUUUGGAAUUUGAGUUUGCCUAUUAAGGAAAACCCAUGAAGAGUCAGAUGUGGGUCUCGUCAGAAUAGAGACGCAGAUUGUUUGUUGUAACGUGUGCAGGCUGAUUUGAUUAUUCUGGUAUGCGGAGCCGUAUCAGUGUGCCGUGAAAUUAAAAUGUGUUUGGCAAUAUUAUAAACCUGUAAAUUUGACCAUUAUGCUGUGGUAUGUUGCCCCUUAAUAUUUAACUGCUACAGUAUACCCCCUUCCAAUACAAGCUCUCCCAAAACAGAGGGUCCUGUUCUGGAUCGUUUUUUAGCCUGGACAGGGCUUUUAACUCGUCGGG